ACAGUUGAGUUCCCUUAACUGAACAAGCAACAAUUCCCAAGAUGAAGUUCCUGAUCAUCCUUGCCCUGGCUGUGGCCGCCUCCGCUUUCCCCGAGCCGGAGCUGCGCCAUCGCAGCCGCGAGAUGCCCGUCGUUGGCGACAUUGGAGGUCGCAUCACCGGAGGAAGCAACGCCGCCGUCGGCCAGUUCCCCUACCAGGUGGGACUUUCCCUGAAGCUGAGUGCUCUGUCCAGCGCCUGGUGCGGUGGUUCUCUGAUCGGCAGCACCUGGGUCCUGACCGCUGCUCACUGUACCGAUGGAGUUCAGUCCGUGACCGUCUACUUGGGCGCCACCGUGCGCACCUCCGCCGAGAUCACCCACACCGUGUCCAGCUCCGACAUCAUCAUCCACUCCGGCUGGAACAGCGCUAACCUGCGCAACGACAUCUCCCUGAUCAAGAUCCCCGCCACCUCCUCCAGCAGCAGGAUCUCCGCCGUCAAGCUGCCAAGCAUCUCCAACUCCUACUCGACCUUCGUCGGUGACGUCGCUGUCGCCUCCGGAUGGGGACGCACCAGUGACACCUCCAGUGGUGUGGCUACCAAUCUUCAGUAUGUCGACCUGACUGUGAUCACCAACACCAAGUGCGCCCAAACCUACGGCACCUCGGUCGUGACCGACUCAACCCUCUGCGUGGCCACCACCGACGCCAAGUCCACCUGCAACGGUGACUCCGGCGGUCCUCUGGUCCUCAAGUCGUCCAGCGAGCAGAUCGGUCUGACCUCAUUCGGUGCCUCUGCCGGUUGCGAGAAGGGCUACCCCGCUGCCUUCACUCGUGUGACCAGCUACCUGGACUGGAUCAAGACUAACACUGGCAUCUAGGAAGGAGUCAGGAACUACAAUUUCGCUUAAAAAUAAAAAUCAUUUCU